AUGGAGCCCGCCGCCGUAGGGCCUACCACCUCGCGCUUUCGAGAAACCUCGGUUGCCGCUCGCCCAUCGCAGUCCGAUGAAGCCAACGCUCCCCGCAUCGCACACACGCUGACAGCUUGCAUACGGUGCAAACAGAGGAAAUCCCGAUGUGAUCCAGGCAUUCCCCGAUGCGAGCCAUGUAAGAGAAGCAAUUCAAAAUGCGAAUACUAUGACCACGCCAAAGAAACCACCGUAUCGCGUGCAUAUAUUCUAGAACUACGAGAGAAAAUCAGAAAGCUCGCUCGCGAGCUCGAGGAGCUUGAAGAUGAAGCCGACAGGGCCCCCGACGCAGAGGCAAUGGCGCGCGGAGCUGGGCUUAUCAAAUUCAAGGAGACAGAUGAAUCUAGGUUUUUGGGGCCGUCGAGCGGCAUUGCCAUUACCCGGUUCGUGAUGGAUAUGGCAAAGCAGAAUACUGGCUCCAAAUCCAUAAAGGAGGUGGUGAAUGAGAAUACCGCGCAACAGAUAAAGUCGGUCUUUGACAUCGAAAGCCAAAAGCCAACUUCAAAGGUUUAUCCUAUGAUCAGUUCCGUUGCUGAGCCGAACCUGCCUCCUCGUGAACUCACGAAUAAACUUAUUGAUAUCUUUAUAGCGAGGGCUCAAUAUAUGGUUCCCAUACUGCAUGAACCAACUUUCCGCUCUGAUGUCGAUAUUGUUUUUAAUGGAUCUCAAGACCCAUGCCGGAACUUUCAAUUGCGCCUCGUCAUCGCCAUUAGCAUGCAGAGAGUCAGCACGCAGUAUGCUGGGUUGGCUGACAGUUAUUACCUAGCCGCACUCCCGUAUUUUGACGGAUGUUUGGCCAAGAUGGACAUUUCUACAUUGCAAUGUUGUGCCCUCAUGGCCUUAUAUUCUCUUCUCACGCCAACAAGAACAGCGGCAUAUUGGGUGGUUGGGAUCGCAGCCAAGUUAUGUCAAGACCUCGGCAUAUCCGAUGAAGAGACCAUCACCAGAGGCUCAAAUGGAGAACAACUUAACUGUCUUGAAAUAGACAUGCGAAGGAGGUUGUUUUGGAUUAUAACGUCUAUGGAAUACGGCCUUGCUCAUAGUCUUGGCCGCCCGAACUCGUUCUGCGUGAGCCAUGACCAUAUCAAUGUCAACUUCUUCCAAAUCUGUGACGACCGCUAUAUUACACCAGGCGGCAUAUUACCCGGAGCGCAACCAAUAAUGAAAAAAUGCAUUGCGAUUCAUUUCUUUAAAAUGAGACUCCUGCAAGCCGAAAUUCGACGCAAGCUGUACCUUUGCAAACGACCAGCCCCAUUAGACGAUAGAGACCCAUGGUUCACACAGAUGACAGAGAAGAUGGACCGAUGGGUUGAAUCCUGCCCUAAAAAUGAUGAAGGUAGUGGCUUUAGCCAGAUGUGGUUCCAAGGCAGACGCAACACGAUGAUCGUGUUCAUGUACCGCCCAUCUCCACAGAUUCCGGAGCCGUCACUCUAUGCCGCUCAAAAAUGCUACGACGCUUCGGUCUUUAACGUCAAGAUACAGCGUGAACAGGUUGCCACCGGAUCGAUCGAUCUGACAUGGAUAUUCACACAAUCGGUAUUCAUGGCACUAAACACAAUUUUAUGGUCACUUUCCUACCCUGAAAUCCGAAGGGAACACCCCGUCGAAGAUGUAAUAGGCGAGAUCCGCCUUGCGAUGGAAAUUCUUGCCAUUAGUUCCGAACGUUGGCCAGGAGUUGAAUCUGCCCUUGAGCUCUACAAAAGUCUUAUCUCAGGCUGCCUCAAAGCCUAUGCAACGGAUGAAUCCUACGUGGUCCAUUCACCGCCAUCCAAUCGUCCUUCUCCAGCCCCUAGCUCUGAUUUUGCAACACCCCCUCCCAUGGUCCAUUCACCCAACACAGCAGCUACCGUCCCAUCUCCUAUAUCUCAACCCAGGGCCACACCAAACCGACUUAGCUCAAGCCCAUAUGAACCUGCACAUUCUCGCGCGUCUUUUGAAACGGCAAGGCUCCACCCUGGGCAGAUAAAGCUCGAAUCCACAACUCCUCCGCCGCCUUCUCAUGCAACAAUAUCAACAAUACCCUACGAGCUUGCCCCACCACAGCAAGUCACAUACACGAACGGGAACGGAUCGAGCAUCGAUCCCAACUCUAGCAGCCCGGCUCUGCCAUUCUCAUCUCCUGUGAUUAAUUCACUCGCACGAUGUGACCUUAGCCCUACCCCAACAAACAACUUUGACCCAAGUUCAUUUCACAAUAAUUUUCCUUCAAUUGUGCCUGGACUGCACCAUUGGGAUCCUAAUUACACUACAGCGUCCACAACGGCCAGUUAUCUUACCUACCCUGGUGCACCAAUCGACCCCAUGUCGUGGGUAGGCACUAUUGGCGACCAAUACUCCCAAUUCUUCAACCAGCCAUACCAAUCUAGUAUUUUCAGAGAUCGAAGACUGAGCUAUGAGGAACAUGCAGAGCUGAUGGAUACCCUUGGCCAUGAUCUACCGGAUAUUUCACAACUGGUCGAAGAAACAGCUACAUUUUACACUCCCAGCAUGGUACCUUAA